AUGGAUCAAGGUGGAGUGAAGAAGAUAACAUACAGAAGAGAUGACCCUCUAAGCAAACUGGUCUAUACUGAAAGCCCUGAAGAGGGAGGUCUGUUGAAAGUGGCUCCUCACAGUGCCGUGUCCAUCAUAUCUGGCACCUCUGUCGUUCUUCCAUCCAGCUCAUUGAUGCAGCCUGGACAGGUGACUAACGGCCUCAGCAACAGCCCACUUCCAGAGGAGCUCACGUCGGCCUCCGCCCCCCCCACCGCAGGCCUACUGGUUGAAAGCUUGGAGCCCACAGGUCUGACCAAAGAUCAGCAGUUGUUCCAGUCACAGAGUUUUGGACAUCAGAAUUUGCCCCAGUUGGAAGCCAGUAUUGCAGAUAUGUCCCAGUCCUCCAUGGAUUCCCUCAUUGGAGGAUCUGACCCCAACUUCUUUGCCAUGAAAACAGAGGAGUUUUUCAUGGAUAAGGCUGAGCAGGAGCCCAUUGAUCUGGAUCACACUUUUGAUCACAUGGGCAAAGAUGUGAACAUGAACCAGAAAUUGUUUAACGACACCACUCUGGACCUGCUCCAUGAUUUUGACAUCACCGGCUCCCCUGCAGAUUUUUAUGUCGGGGACGAUGCCUUUCUGUCCACGCUGACAGAUGAUUCUCUGAUUGGGGACGGGGACAUGAGGGGGUCAUCAGAGAGAGAUGUGAAACCAGCUGUGGUGGACAGCAGUAACGCCACAGGCGGCAGCACAGUGACCGGUCCAGAUCUGUGCAGCUCCUCCUUAUCCACGACCUCUUCCCUAACACCUACAACCACUUUUUCUGCCUUGGUGAAAAAAGAAAAAGAUGCCGACGUAAUUCAGCUGUGCACCCCAGGUGUGAUCAAACAGGAGAAGGGCUCUUCGGGCCACAGUUAUUGCCAGAUGAGCGGCACAGACGUUCCAGGCAGAAACCCCAUCUCCAUCUGCGGAGUCAGCACUUCGGGAGGACAGAGCUACCACUUUGGAGUCAACCCCAGCAACACCGAGAAUCAGCAGCAGAAGGAUCAGAAGCCAGUGUCCAGCCUGUACCUGCCGGUCACCGCCAUCGGCGGGGCGUGGAACAGGAGCCAAGGGGUCGGAGAUAACUCUGCUAUCCACAGGGCCAGUGACGCUUUCCCAAGCCCUCCUUCCUUCACCAUUAACUUUGCUAGGUAG